CGUAGACAACGAUUAUUUAAUUCGAAACAGACUGCGUAGAAAAUCGCUCAAAAUCGGCUCGCUUUGUUGGGUUUUACACCGAUUACUUUGUGUUGAAAUUAUUCACAAACUUUUUUUGGCUUCGAGGACGGUGAAUUGCCGCAAAACGUAGAUAUAGAAGCGUCUCACGAGAUUCCGUAAAAUUACAGCUUGUUCAAGGUUACCAGUUUGUGAAGGUCAAAAAGCAUACUUAAACUUCUUAGAAAUGAAUAUUUUGCCUAAAUACAAUGUUGCUUCUUACUUUGACAUUCGUGUAGCAGCGGAUCGGGACAUUAUAGUUAUUCAGGGAUCACCGGAAUCUGCUGAACUUACUCCACUAUCAGGAACGGUAGUUCUUUGCCUUACGGAAAGCAUCUCUGUUCGAGCAAUCUCUUUGAAACUGACGGGCAGAUGUCGUAUCUCUUGGUCAGAGCCCUCGUACAGUAGUCGGACUGGAUUGCGGCAUAACAAGCACGAUGCAGUGGUCUACGAAAAAAAUUGGAACUUCCUUCCAUAUUCUGGUGGAUCAAAGACUCUUCCUGCAGGUAACUACGAGUAUCCUUUUCGCGUUAUGCUUCCGGGUAAUAUUCCUGAAUCCGUUGAAGGCUUGCAAAGCUGUUACGUUAUUUAUCGUUUAAAAGCGACUAUUGAUAGAACAGGUCUCAAUAGCAGGAUGAUCAAAAAGAAACAUAUCCGCCUCAUUCGUACUUUGCCGCCUGACGCUGUCGAAUUUACACAAACUGUGAGUGUCGAUAACACAUGGCCUAACAAAAUUGAGUAUACGAUCAGUAUUCCCACGAAAGCAUAUGCUAUUGGAUCUUAUAUUCCCAUUCAUUUUGUUCUAGUACCGUUACUAAAGCGCCUCUCCAUUGGUAAAAUCACCAUUACUUUGAAGGAAUACAUUACGUUGCACAUUGCUCAUGGUCAUAACGGCCUUCCUGCUUCAAAAGAUGAGGUUCGUACUGUACGUUCAUUGCAAACGGAGGAAAUUGAGGAAUUUUCAGAUCAUUACGAACUUUCGAAGCAUUUAGAGCUUCCCGCAUCUCUCGUCGAUUGCUUACAGGAUUGUGACCUUGAAGGCAUUAAAGUUCGCCAUAAACUAAAAUUUUCGGUUUCUUUACGAAAUCCAGAUGGUCAUGUUUCAGAACUAAGAGCUGCCUUACCUGUUGUAUUGAUGAUUCCCCCUCAAUUAUUUGGCGAUGCUGCCGAUUUGGAAUCUCUUCGUGAAAACUUUGAUUCGUUUAAUCAGCCGUUACCCAGCUACGAAAGUAGUAUGUAUGAUCGGCUAUACGAUGGAUUGAAUUAUUCAAACGUUGAAACACCUCUUCCCAGUGGUACUAAUACACCAAGACGGCGCGACUCCACGGAACCUAAUGUUUCCGCCGAAAACCAUCGUAGACAACUGAUUGCUGGUCUUACGGCAUUGGCUCAACAGCAACAGCCUGGUGAUCGACGUCCAAGCGAGCAUUCACCUUCCCGUCUUGAUGAAGAUUAUCCCACUUUUAGUUUUGGAUCAAAUCCAUCUAGUGGCGCCACUUCUGGUGCUAUCACUAGGAAUCCAUCUGAAACAAGUUUAGCUGAAUUAAGUCGUGUUCCUUCUUACACUGAGGCUACGCGCUCAUCUAUUAAUGCAUUGGAGUCUCCAUUACAACCAUCUUUACCUGGGUAUGAGGAUGUUACUCGAACAGAGCAUCUUUCCCGUCCAACUUCACCCGGUACCUUAACGCCUCCUCAACGUCAAUCGUCCAUGUUUUUUACUUCACCGGAUGCUGGUACUCAACGUCGCUCCUUUGAUAAUCGUCGCCCGUCGGACCAAAAUCCCGCGUCUCUCCCAACUUCACACAGCAGCGGAUCACUUGCGCAUAUGGGACAGUCUUCAAAUACCCCAAACGCUGCUCCCCAUAGACCACCUAAUGCUCGCGUUGGCACUCAUAGAAAUGCUCUUGAAGCGUUGCGACGUGCUCGUAUGCUUCCGUCAAGUUUCACGAGAAGAAACUGAAUAAGCACUUCCAUGAGGUAGUACGACUCUUGACUUUAUUCGUUGGAGAACAUUAUUUAUUUUUUGUUUCAAAGAAAAAGGAAUUUUGUCUAUAUUUGUGUUCCCAGCAAUUUCAUCGUUCAUUUUGAAGAAUGUUUUAUUUAUUUGUGAUGUUAUGUUAACUAUGAUGUUGUUAUGGUAAUUAUUAUUACUAUUAUGGCUUUCCUUUCGAGAAAGUUAAAACUCGAAAAGAUUUUGAUCUCAUUUUAGUCUGUCCCUGGUGAAGUGAAUUGUUUUAUAUGAAUAGUACAAAACUAAUAUGCUACAAAAGUUUUGAAAAAAAUUAAUACAUGGUCCUUCUGAUGAUGCAAGACAUUCAAUAAAUUUCAUUAUACUGAAAGA